GGAGAGCAGGAGCAGGAUCCACACACAAACCAAAACACAACAAACACCAACACACGCAACAAAGAUGUCAUGGAGAUAUGCGCUACUCACCGACAGAUACAGCAGCAGCAUCGGGGAUAGAUAUAGUCCGCACUAUUAUCAGUCACCCAGCCGCUUGGAGACCUCCGAACAGACCACAGGCCGCCAGCUGCAGCGUGUCCUGCACUAUUCAAUGGCCCCUAGCCGGGCUCUGCCAGGACUCAGGAGGGCCGAGUGUGCCAUCCAUGAUGUUGACUGUGAUGAGGUCUAUCCGGGCAUCUACAUUGGCGAUGCGGCGGCGGCUAAAAACAAAACGUACUUGAGAAUGAUGGGCAUCACGCAUGUCCUGAAUGCGGCCGAAGGAUGUCGAUAUGGUCAGGUGGACACCGGACACAGUUACUACCGGGAUAUGCCCAGCAUUAGACGCAACCAUAAGGACUGUGUUUUUAGGUAUAUGGGCUUCCCCAUGAUCGAUGCUCCCACGACAGACAUCUCGCGUUAUUUCUAUGUGGCUUCCAAGUUCAUUGACAGUGCCAUCAGCAGCGGCGGCAAAAUCCUGGUACACUGCCUGGUGGGCAUGUCCCGUUCGGCCACCUGUGUCCUGGCCUACCUGAUGAUCUGCCGGAAGAUGUCCGCUGUGGAUGCGAUACGCACGGUGCGAAUGAGGCGCGAUAUUCGGCCAAAUGAUGGAUUCCUGCAGCAAUUGGCCGACUUGGAUAUGGAGCUCAAGCGCAAGAAUCUAUAUCCCUAUUAGGAGAGGGAUCUUGGGAUGUGAUGGGAGCAAGAAAAAAUAAAAACAACCAAAGAAGGCGGGAGGAGAUCCCAGAAAACUAACCAAAAAUAAGAAAAUUAUUAUGAAAUGAAUAUGAAAAUUGAAAAUUGAAAUUGAAAUCGUUGUUCUUAACAAAAACAAAAGAAAUUGAAGCCUAAAAAGCUAACGACUUAUAAUGGUAACUUGGUCUUCUGAUAUAUAAACUGUUCAUCCCCAACAAAAAAAAACUGUGUAACUGUAUAAUCGCUGCAUAUAUACCCAUGUGUGGAACUCACACAAUAUAUAUACAUACAUAUAUCGACAGGGAAUCAAGUUAUCACACUCAGACUCUCACUCACGCAAAAAAACCCAACACAGAAACACACACACACACACACUUAGAGACCUAGAUUGUUAGAGCCACGAUCGAAGCAAUAAUCGGCGAUCAAAAAUCGAUGUGUAUCGGACCUAUAUAUAUACCAUAUAUACCUUGCCUAUAUACCUAGACAUACAGAUUUAUAUACAUGUAUUCCGUAUUUUUUUUGUAAGGCUCAUCUCGGUUCGAGUUCUGUUCCAAUCCUAAUCCCCAAUCCCCAUCCCCAUCCCUAAAACCCAACCCCAGGA